AUGAACAAUGAAAACAACAUGAACUCAGCUUAUACCGAUAACAAUGCUUUUAAGCAUUCUAAAAACUCAUUAAUUAGCAUAACCAGAAGUAACGUUUCGUUGGUAACGACAAACGCCCUUCCCACCGUAGAAAUUUCAUCUGAUAAAAGCAAUUCGUUUACAACAUCAGCUGGAACAAUUCAAACCACCGGAAACACUCCAAACAACGUUCCCGAAUUGACAACCGAGAAUUUAUCAUUAACCAAUAAAUCAUUGUUAUCCAAUCGACUCGUAUCAGAGUCAUUAACAAGCAGUUCAGUAAUCGUGAAAAGUAAUUCUUCAAAUUAUCACAGUGUCUCGAAUAGCACACAAAAUUUUAAAUCAACAAAUAAGCAACGAACAAAUAGUAAUAGUUUAAUUAAAGUGUCUGCAAGUGGUGGGAUACGAAUAAGUGGACAAAAGAUAGAAAUGCCACAUUUAAAUGAUUUUUUUGAUCAUUCAGAUUAUCUUAAGAAACAUGAGCAUGGUUUUCGAUAUGGACCACAUUUUGAAACGGGAAACGUUACAAAUAUAACUGUGCAAGUUGGAAACACAUUCUAUUUACAUUGUAAAAUUAGCUUACUGCAGGAUAAAACGGUUUCAUGGGUACGUCGGAAAAGUGGAGAGAAUGGUCUUGAGCUUCUUACUGUAGGAAAACAAACUUAUUCGGGAGAUCCGAGAUAUUCUGUCGACUUCCAAUAUCCCAACAAUUGGCGACUGAAAAUUGCAUCUGCACAGAAAAUCGAUGAAGCGACGUAUGAGUGUCAGAUAAGCACGUCGCCACCCAGAUUUAUUCAUUAUAAUGUUCGAGUCAAUGCACCAACAAUUCGAAUUGUUGACGAACAAGGCAUUUCACUACUCGACAAAUAUUAUGAAGUUGAUUCAACGAUACGAUUGACGUGCAUUGUUCGACAUAUUUCAAUGAUGUCGUCUGUAGUGUAUUGGAUUCACAACAACUUUACAAUAUUGAAUUAUGACGUGAUCAGAGGUGGAAUAAGCGUAAAAACCGAUCUAAUGGAAAUAGGAGCAAACUCAACUUUACUUGUGGCCAAAGUAAACAAAACCGACUCGGGCAAUUACACUUGUUCCAUUGGAGAGUCGCAGCAAUACACAGUUCUCGUUCAUGUUCUCAAUGAAAGUUUAGCGGAACUUCAUCACAGCGGCUGCUCAUCACAUCAUAUCGAGACGACGGGGAAGCUUCAUUAUCUGAAUUUUGUCAUGAUUGCCUUAUUUCUCUCGACACUUAAUCAAUUUAUUUUGUGCAUAAAUAGGUGAGCUGAUGACAACACUUCACAGUUGCUCGAAGCGAUAACGGCACACUCAAAAAUGUCGUCAAAUUUUCCUGAUUUCGAAGUUUUCUCUUUUUUUCCUUCUUAUUUUGUUAAAGCAGUCAAAUAUUGUAUUUUAAAGGUUGAA